AUGGCUCGCAAUUGUGUAAUCAAUAUGAUUACUAAUUAUGAAGACUCUUAUGAUCAGUUAGAGAUAUAUACAGUGGUUGCAAUGGAAGAAAAACGACCUGAGAGACAAUCAAUCUCACAUCGUGGUGUUAAAGACCGCAAAUAUAUUCGACGUGAUUUUGGUCAAGGCCAUGAAAGGCUUUUUCUUGACUAUUUUGCUGAACCACCUGUAUAUCCCUCCAAUUUAUUUCAGAGGAGAUUUCGGAUGCGCCGUUGUCUUUUUCUCCAAAUUCAAGCAGUAGCAGAAGCAAGUGAUCCAUACUUCAUCCAAAAAAGAAAUGCUGCUGGAAUGCUCGGUUUAUCUUCUCUUCAAAAAAUGAUCGUCGCACUUUGGAUGCUUGCUUAUAGAAUAACAGUUGAUUACAUGGAUGAAUAUCUGAGGAUCGGAGAAAGCACCGCAUUGGAUAGUCUGAAAAAGUUUGUUAAAGCUAUUGUAGUAAUUUAUUCAAAUAAGUACUUAAGGUCACCAAACAACGAUGAUAUUGCUAAAUUGCUAGCAGUUGGUGAAAGCCGCGAUUUUCCUGGAAUGUUGGGGAGUAUAGAUUGUAUGCACUAUAAAUGGAAAAAUUAUCCGACUGCGUUAAGCGGAAUGUUACCAGGAUCUCAUAAUGACAUCAACAUGCUAGAUCGAUCUCCUGUAUUUGCUGAGCUUGCUGAGGACCACGGUCCUCCAAUCAAUUACUCAAUCAAUGGUAAUGACUAUACAAUGGGAUACUACCUUGCUAAUGGAAUAUAUCCACAAUGGUCAACAUUUAUAAAAACAAUUCCAUGUCCACGAGGAAACAAGAAAAAGUAUUUUGCUUCAGCCCAAGAGUCCACCAGAAAGGAUAUAGAGCGUGCAUUUGAAGUGCUACAAGCUAGAUUUGCUAUAGUACCUCAACCUGCACAUUUUUUGAACACUAAGACUUUGAAAUAUGUUAUGAUGGCAUGCGUGAUAUUGCAUAAUAUGAUCGUUGAGGAUGAGCGAUAUGUCAAUGGAUUAGAAGACUUCAAUUAUGAUGCAAUCGAUAGAAGUUCACAAGAACCGGUCUCACACAAGCAUACACCUGAAUUUAUGGAAUUCAUUCAAAAUUAG